AUGGAGAAGCAAGGGGCUUCUAAUAGCUUAGUGGUUGUUGGUGCUAUGGCACCUGAUGAAUCCUCUUCAAAACCUCAUGCACAGACGAAUGAGUCUUUCUAUGUGGGGUUGAGCUCAAAGAUUAAUAAAGUUAGUGGAUGUUUUCCGCGGAGCCAAGAUCGCCCAGUUUUUGUCAUUCCUCCAAAGGAUUUGAUGGAAGAUGUAGAGUAUUGGUCCAAACAUGCUCUGAUCUGCAAAUUUCUUGGUAUUCGAAUCUCUAUGUUGGCCCUUGAAGCCUGGAUACAACAUUCAUGGCAGGUGGACGAAGAUAUGGACAUAAUGUUGGCAGGAAACAACUACUUCUUGGUAGUCUUUUCAUGCAUGUCUGAUCGUGAUCGAGUUUUUGAGGGGGGCCCUUAUUUUUAUAAUCGUGUGGGGUUGUUUGUGAAACCUUGGCAUCCAAGGUUUAACUCUGCAGAUGAUCUUCCAUCGAGGGUUCUUGUAUGGAUUCGCCUACCUAGACUUCCUUUAGAGUUUUGGAGAGAAGAUAUUUUGCACCAGAUAGCUGCCUUACACGGGAAGCUUGUUGUGUUCGCACACCAGUCCCUAGAUAAAAAUGUUAUUUCUUAUGCUCAUAUUUGUGUUGAUAUUGAUUUGAAUAAGCCACUGUCGGAUUCCUUAGAAAGUUGCCUUGGUUCUUCUUGGAUUCAGCAGUUAGAUUAUGAGUCCUUACCUUUUCACUGUCGAGUUUGCCAUGAUUAUGGACAUUUGCAACGGCAAUGCCCUAGGGAUUUUAAGGGGAAUAGUGGUAGUUCUGGUGAGUCUGCCUCUUCCUCAGGCCUAAAGAUGGACAACGCAGGCAAGGGGAAAGCCCCGACUGAUGAUGUAGGUAAGGAGAAAGUCAAGACAGAUAAUGUUAGUAAUGGGAAAGCCCUGGUCAACGCACCAGCCCCUGAUAAUGAUGGCUUUACUCCUGUUCGCAGCUGA